GCGCACCAGGCGGGGCGGGGCGGGGCGGCUCGCUAAGAUGGCGCUGCCCAGCGCGCUCCGGCGCUGCCCUGGGCCGGUCCGCGCCUUCUCCGCCCGCCUUCUGGCGGCGACAGCCCGGCCCGGGCUAGAGCCGCGGGGCCCGGUUACCCUGACCGGCGCCCGGCCCCCCGCGCGCUUCUGCGCCAGCGACGAGCAGAGCCGGCGGGGGGGUCCGCCGGGGGCGGGCGGCGGCCGGGGCGUGGAGGUGGUGGGGAUCCCCAACCCCUUCAUCUGGGUCCGCACCAGGCUCCGCUGCUUCUUCAUCCGGGCCUACUUCGACCAUGAGUUCAGCAUGGAGGAGUUCACCAAGGGAGCCAAGCAGGCCUUUGCUCUUGUUUCAAAGCUGUUGUCUCAAUGUAAACUUGAUCUGUUGGAGGAAUUUGUAUCAAAAGAGGUAUUUCAAGUGUUGGAGGAGAAGCUUUCUUCAUUGUCUGAAAACCACAGGAAUGCCCUGGCUGCUGACAUGGAUGAAAUAAUGUAUACAACAGAAGGAGAUGUUGGCAUUUACUUUGAUGACAGUGGAAGAAAGUUUGUUAGUAUCCUGAUGCGCUUCUGGUAUCUAACUAGUGCUGACCUUUCUGAUGAGGCUCCAGAUGGAACCAAAGUUUUCCACGUUGUAAUUGGAGAUGAAACUGUGAAAAAAACUAAACAUCUUCUAACAGCAAACUAUGAGUUCCGAAGGGAAUUUACAGAAGGAGUGAAGGCAGACUGGACUAUUACACGGAUUGAGCAUCCAAAGCUAUUAGAAUAAAUUUCUUGUACAAUGACUUUUAUGGACCCUUAUAAAUCCUCUGGCAUACCAAAGGUGUCAAGCUUUUUUGGUCUCCCCACAACAAUCUCUUUUCAGGAUUAAUUUUAUAUUUUUUAAUUCCCCAAAUACUUUUGAUUUUAUCAUAUACAGUAUAUUGCUCUGAAAGAAUAACAAUAAAGCCUUUUCCAUGAGUCUCUGAAGCUACGUAAUACAAAUUUAAUUUGUAAUAGUUAUCAGAGAUGUUUGCAUAGUAAUUGGGUUACAGGCCAGAGUUGCAGAUGUAUUGAUCUAAUUGGAGGGGAGGGAUAGCUCAGUGGUUUGAGCAUUGGCCUGCUAAACGCAGGGUUGUAAGUUCAGUCCUUGAGGGGGCCACUUAGGGAUCUGGGGCAAAAUCAGUACUUGGUCCUGCUAGUGAAGGCAGGGGGCUGGACUCAAUGACCUUUCAAGGUCCCUUCCAGUUCUAGGAGAUGGGAUAUCUCCAUUAAUUUUAAUUUUAAUUGAUUUGUUACAUUCUCAGAAGAAAUCUUGGUACUAAUAGGAUAUGACAUGUAUAAAACAAAAGAUGCUCUCAUGACUGGCAAUCCUUCUGAAUAAUACCACUUAAUUUAUUAUGAGUAUUUUCCCAAAGAUAUAAUGUACAGUAGUUAAAACAGAAUGUUUGAAGGAGGUGAGUACAGGUAUAUACACUUCCUAGCUAGUUUGACAACAGCAAUAUAUUUGAGUAAAAUUAAAACUAGAUUCUAAAAAGUAUACACUCUUGACUCCAGUCUAAGCUGUCAUAGACAUAUAACAUUCUACUAUGAAAGUGAUACAGACAAAUUUAUUCUGAUUAAGUAACAGAAGUGACAAAAUUCCUUCCUUUGGGUAUUUGGAAGAAAACUUAAUCCAAAACAUGAAACUAAAGGAGAAGCUGGGGUGCUGUGUCAAAUCAAGCCCUGGCAAACUGGAAGGCUUGCCAUCAAAGUAAAAAAAAAUAAUUAAAAGCAUUGGGGCACUGUGAACCAGAAACUCUUUGAGUUUUGCUCCCAACUCUGCCACAGAUUUGCAUUGUAGCUUGGCUAUAAUCUGCCUUUAAUAUCUCUGAGCCAAAUUCAACCCUUCUCUAAGUAGCUGUUACUUUCAUGGCAUUCAGUAGGAAUUCCUGGCAGGAGCAUCUGACUUCCUCUGUAAAAGGAGGGGCACUAUUAACCUACUUCACAAGAAGUGGUGUGAGGAUUAACUAAGGAUACAGUAUUUUGAAGGUGUUAAGUGCCAAGUAUUAUUACUGUAUGCAGUGUUGUUGUAGCCAUGUCUGUCCCAGGAUAGUAGAAAAACAAGGUGGCUGAGGUAAUAUCUUUUAUUAGACCCAACUUCUGUUGGUGAGAGAGACAAGCUAUCAAGCUUAGACAGAGCUCUUCACCUCUAUAGCUCUGUAAGCUUGAAAGCUUGUCUCUCUCACCAACAGAAGUUGGUCCAAUAAAUGAUAUUACGUCACCCACCUUGUGUCUCAAGUAUUCUUACUGUGUGAGUCAUAGGGGUUGGGGUUAGAGAAUCACAAAAAUUGUAACAUACCUCUUCCUCAGUCAAUCUGGGGUUAUAAAAUGGUUUCAUGGCAAUACCACAUAGUUAGGAUUUAUCAACAAGCUGUUUUAACGUUCUGGGAGACUAAACAAGAGCAAAAUAUCUCGGUUGUCAGCCACCAGAUUUUGUACUGGAGAAUUCCUGUUGUCUCAACUAUUGAAUAAAGUUGACUGAUAACAGCACUUCCUAUCUUAACGGGAGAAGA